UCGGGUGGGUCGGCGGCUAUAAAACUGGUGAGUGGAGGGAGGCGUCGCGUACGCUUCUUUCGCGGUCGGCACCUUCUCCUCGGUCUCAGCCUGGUCACAUUCGGUGCCCGAAGGAGGAAGCAGUGACAGACCUGGAGACUGCAGUUCUCAGUCCUUCGCACAGCUCUUUCACCAUGCCUGGGUCACUUCCUUUGAAUACAGAAGCUUGUUGGCCAAAAGAUGUGGGAAUCGUUGCCCUUGAAAUCUAUUUUCCUUCUCAAUACGUUGAUCAAGUAGAGUUGGAAAAAUAUGAUGGUGUAGAUGCUGGCAAGUAUACUAUUGGCUUAGGCCAGGCCAAGAUGGGCUUCUGUACAGAUAGAGAAGAUAUCAACUCUCUUUGCCUGACUGUGGUUCAGAAUUUGAUGGAAAGAAACAACCUUUCCUAUGAUUGUAUUGGGCGGUUAGAAGUUGGUACAGAGACAAUCAUUGACAAAUCAAAAUCGGUGAAGACAAACUUAAUGCAGCUGUUUGAGGAGUCCGGGAAUACAGAUAUAGAAGGAAUUGAUACGACGAAUGCGUGCUAUGGAGGAACAGCUGCUGUCUUCAAUGCUGUUAACUGGAUUGAGUCUAGCUCUUGGGAUGGACGGUACGCACUGGUUGUUGCAGGAGAUAUUGCUAUUUAUGCCACAGGAAAUGCCCGGCCUACAGGUGGAGUUGGAGCUGUGGCUCUGCUAAUUGGCCCAAAUGCUCCUUUAGUUUUUGAGCGUGGGCUUCGUGGGACACAUAUGCAACAUGCCUAUGACUUUUACAAGCCUGAUAUGCUUUCUGAAUAUCCCAUAGUAGAUGGAAAACUCUCCAUACAGUGCUACCUCAGUGCACUAGACCGCUGCUAUUCUGUCUACCGCAAAAAGAUCCGAGCCCAAUGGCAGAAAGAGGGAAAGGAUAAAGAUUUUACCUUAAAUGAUUUUGGCUUCAUGAUCUUUCACUCACCAUAUUGUAAACUGGUUCAGAAGUCUCUAGCUCGGAUGUUACUGAAUGACUUUCUUAAUGACCAGAACAGAGAUAAAAAUAGCAUCUAUAGUGGCUUGGAAGCCUUUGGGGAUAUUAAAUUAGAAGACACUUACUUUGACAGAGAUGUGGAAAAGGCAUUUAUGAAGGCUAGUUCUGAACUAUUUAACCAGAAAACAAAGGCAUCUUUGCUUGUAUCAAAUCAAAAUGGAAACAUGUAUACAUCUUCAGUAUAUGGUUCACUUGCUUCUGUUCUAGCACAGUACUCCCCGCAGCAGUUAGCAGGGAAGAGGAUUGGUGUGUUCUCUUAUGGUUCGGGCUUGGCUGCUACCUUGUACUCUCUUAAAGUUACACAAGAUGCCACACCAGGGUCUGCUCUUGAUAAAAUAACAGCAAGUUUGUGUGAUCUUAAAUCAAGACUAGACUCAAGAACUUGUGUGGCUCCAGAUGUUUUUGCUGAAAACAUGAAGCUCAGGGAAGACACUCAUCACUUGGCCAACUAUAUUCCCCAGUGUUCAAUAGACUCACUGUUUGAAGGAACAUGGUACCUAGUUAGAGUGGACGAGAAGCACAGGAGAACGUACGCUCGGCGCCCUUCACCAAAUGACCACACUUUGGACGAAGGACUUGUACAUUCAAACAUAGCAACUGAGCAUAUUCCAAGCCCUGCUAAGAAAGUGCCAAGACUCCCAGCGACCGCAGCAGAACCUGAGGCAGCUGUCAUUAGUAACGGUGAACAUUAAGACAUGCUGUGAGGGGCAAGACUUCGCGGUGGGUUGGGCUUGGGGUGGGGGUGUGGGCAUGAUGGUAGGAAUGGGAUGCCCGGGGACAGUUUUAAAGAAUUACAUGUUUAAAUUGUUAUGUGACUGACACAGAGCCUAGAAAACUGUCAUGUUGUUGGAAAAGUGUCUACACAGUUUGCUAACAUGCUUCAUAUUGUGGUCUGGCCAACGCUAAAUGUACUCAAAUGAUGUUAAGGGCUCUGUAUAACUUUAUACCUCUUUGGCCAUUUAUAUGCAUGAAGUAUAGUUUUUAAAUAUGGUAUCAAUCGUGUGCUUCUGUUAAAAGAAAGCAGAGGUACUCUAGUUAUGAAUUUAAAACACAGGAUUUUAUACUUUGAACAAACAAGAUUACUGAAAGUACCUGUGGCUUUUAAAAACCUUUUCUAGCUUGGGUACUGUGGACUUAACAUGUGAUAUGCACAAACCCUGCUUGAAAAUAAACAGUAAGACAAAUAUUCUGGUUUUGUAAGAUUUGUAAACUUUAUAAAGAAGCAGAAAAGAGGGUUAUAAUGGUUCUGGAAUCUGGCUAUUGAUUGAAGUCAGGUUAGCAGUAACGAACAUUACAAUAUUGACCUCUGAGCAGAGAUGUUAGCCGUAAGCAGGCUUCUGGUAGAGAAAUAGAAAACACAGUUUGUCUACACAUUGUGGAUACAGGAAUUGUGAGUUCAAUAUGAUUAUGCUCAGCAAUAUUGAGACAUUAUUGCAGGGGAAUGUGAGAAAGCUUGUUGCAAUCCUUCUUUGCACCUUAUUUUAAAGGGUAAAUGAACAUUUUCUUUUUGGCUGCCUUUUUAAAUUUAAGUAGGAAGGAUGGGGCAAGGCAUUUUUAGGUUACUUAAGCUUCAGUGUUACAAAUCCAGUUUAUGGACUGACAAAUUUAUGCUGUAAGAUUUCUUUUCUUUUAGUUUUUGUUUUGUUGGUGUGUAUUUUUGUUUUAUAUCUGUUCAAUGAAAAUAACAAGGCAUAACUCAAGUUUAUACAUAAUAUGACUAGCCAAAAAAAGUAUUCCACUCCAAGAUCUGGAAGAAUUUAUAAAGUUUUUCUUAGACUUUUCACCUUGAAAAAAAAAACACAAAAACUUACCACAUUGGGUGAAUAAGGUUAGUAGAAAGUUUUGUAGAUGUUUUUGGUGCUGAACUAUGACAUGAGCCUUAUAGAUUGUAAAAUAGAGAUAGUUGGAACUAAUGUACAGAAUUUUUUAAACUUUACUUGCUUUUAAAUUCUGUGAAGUUUCAGUUAUCUAAAAUAAACAUACAUGGUUUAGAAAUGUAAUGUUUCAGAUUGCAAGGUAAUAUGUAAUGUAGUGUUUGUAAGAUACUCUAAUAUUAAUUGUAGUAUUUUGAUUUGUACAGUUGUAACUUGUUAAAAUGACCUCAUUUUAAGAUCCACUGAUGUAGAUUAAUAAUGUAAGCUCAGAUUUAAAGAAUGGUGGGGAAAUGAUGCAUGUAAUACUUUUGCAAGUAUUAGACGCUCUGUAUGUUUUAAAAGAGUAACUUAACAAUUGGGUGCCAAGAAAUGGGUUUUCUCAAAGUCCAUUGCCGGCAAUGGGCAAGCCUGGUAAUAGUGGCACAGAACAUUAACCACACACCUUUUCACAGUGAGGUGAAUAACUCUGAAAUAAAGUUUUAGAGAAAUAUUUCA